GAGUUGUUUCAGCACGUGGAGUUGUGUGAAUGUUGUUUCCUCAGACUCCUAAUUGUGCAGUUUAGGUGUACUGUUGAUGUAGGCGUUGCCAGGUCUGUGGUUGGAGUUAAUGUAGUUUAUAACAGGUUUUCUAUCUCUAUGGUGAGUAUUCUUCGAGCAUGCGUAAAGUGCAGUAGGGAAGUGCAAGAACCUAUGUAGGGGUGCAGCUUAGUUCUUAAAAGUUCUGGUUUGUGGAAGCAUGAUGUACAUCAUCUACUUCAAAUGCAUAACAGAUAUUUAGUGUCUGAUUUCAGUCUUUUAAUUACCUAUAUGCUAUAGCCAUGAAUGCUGAAGUUGUUCUAAGGGAAACACUAAAGGCUAGUAAUUCCUUUGCAGCCCUAGCCGUUUCAAUGGUUCAGCUUUCACAGUCCCCGCUUCGUCGCCCUUCACCUUCAUGUCACUCUGAGGAAGGGAAGGAGAAGAAUAUGAAACCAGCUAAGCAGCAGGUGACUCAGGGUCCUCGAGGGGAUAACCAGCCUCCUUUGAGCCCCCUGCAGGCAGCCUUGAAUUCUGCCACCACAGCAUCCCAGGCGUAUGAGACAUACAUCGACAAUGGGCUUAUCUGCUUAAAACACAAGAUCAGGAACAUUGAGAAAAAAAAGCUCAAACUAGAAGAUUACAAGGAUCGUCUGAAAAAGGGGGAGUCACUCAAUCAGGAUCAGUUGGAAGCAGUUGAAAAAUAUGAUGAAGUGAUACAUAACUUGGAAUUUGCUAAAGAACUUCAGAAGACAUUUUCUGGGCUUAGUCAAGAUCUGCUGAAAGCACAGAGGAAAGCACAGAGGAGGGAAACCAUAAUGAAGCUUGAAGCAGAGAAGAAAAAGCUCUGCACAGUACUGCAGGUCCAGUAUGUGCUGCAGAAUUUCAUUCAAGAGCAUGUGCAGAAAGACUUCAAAGCUGGCAUGAAUGGUGCAAUAUACUUGCCUUCUAAAGAACUAGACUACCUCACUAAAUUUGCAAAAUUGACCUGUUCGGGAAGAAAUAAGAUGGUUACUGUUGAAGACCAAAUGGAACAAUCAUCACUCUACUUCUGGGACCUGCUAGAAGGCAGUGAAAAAACAGUGGUUGGGACAACUUAUAAGCACCUAAAGGAUUUGUUAUCUAAGCUGUUACAUUCUGGUUAUUUUGAAAAUAUUCCUGCUUCUUGCAACAUACCACACAAAGAGGAACUGAAAGAGGAAAUGUCAAUAAGACCUGAAUUCAAAGAUGAAUUGCCUGGAAGACCUGAACAAACAAAGCAAAUACCAAAAGCAGAACCCAUUGAUCAACUAGAACCUCAAGUAGAACGCAUUCAGUCUGAAAUUCAGCCCCAAGAGUUUCUUAAUAGGCGCUAUUUGCCUGAAGCUGAUUAUACUAUCAAGUCUGAGGAAUCCAAACCUUGGGAAAUGGAGCAUACUAAAAAGAGUGAACCACUAAAGUCCUGGGAAAUGCUUGCUGACAUGGAGGAGCCAGAGCAGAAAAAGCGGGAACAGGAAUCUGUAAAGGCUUUGGAACCUAUAAGACAGCAGGGAAAGAAGCUGGAACUUUCGAGGCCUUGGGAAGCUCACCUUAAAGAAGAUGAUGAUUGCAGCCAAGAAGUCCCAAAGCCUUGGGUGACACAGGUUAGGGAACAGCAGAGCUCUCCCAAACCCUGGAUAACCAAACUUAAGGAAGAGCAGGAGCCAAGGCAAGAUGUUCCAAAGCCUUGGGUAACCAAAGCUAAGGAAGAGGCAGAACAAAAGCAGGGAGCAGCAAAAACCUGGGUUGCUCAAAUCAGGGUGGAAACUGUGCAGAAACCAGAAUCUGUGAAGCCUUGGGGUACGUGUAUUAGAGAGGACACAGAGCAGAAGAAACAGGAACCUGCAAAGCCAUGGGUAGCACAUGUUGGGGAAGAGGUGGAACAAAAAACUCCAUCCCCAAAGGCUUGGGCAACAUCUGAGGGGGCACGCCAAACAAUUCAACAGCCAUUACAGAAUCCGCCAAAGAUCUGGGGAGCUGGAAAUCUCGUGCCAAAGGAGCAAACUGAGUCAAAGAAGCCUGAUUUGGAACCAAAAGAAAGACGGGAGCGCAGACUGAAGCUUGACUCUGAUGUGAAACAAGGUGGAAAGACAGAUGGAGUAAGUGGACAAGGCACUGAUGCUGUAACGAAAAAAGAGAGCCUUCAGACACUUGGAGAAUCCUGUAAACUACCUAGGAGUCUCCAAAACAUCAUGCAGGUUCCCAAAUCUGUACAUCAGCCAGCUGCAGAGUUUUGCUCUACUUCUAGUCUUCCAAAAGAUCCAGUACUAAGAAGGGAAAAACUACAGGAUUUGAUGACUCAGAUACAAGGAACAUACAAUUUCAUACAGCUGUAUUAUCCUUUUGUGUCUAAGGAGUCCCUCCUGGAUUUUGAUAAACCUUCACAAAGUUCCAUUUGCUCAUCACAAGCAGCUUCUGUUGAUUCUACAGCUUCUAAUGAACAACUUUCAAGCCAGAACAAUUUUGUUGAGCAACCAGCACAGGCUGCUGCUUCUCCCAUGACCUUGCAUGGCUCAAACACCUCCUUAGCUUCUGAUAACAUGUUGUCUGGAUCUGAAACUGAACUUGGUUCGCCACAGACAUCUGCUCCACAUUCUCAAGAGUCUGAGAACUUCAGUUCACCUCAGUCUUUGUAUCAGGCAAACCAAGGGAUUUCUGAGCCAUUAGUCCCCCCAAAGAGUGAAAUGGCUCCGGCUCCUGCUCUUUCAAGUGAAUCCCAGACACCAUCAAGAACCAGUACUGCAUCGCCAAUACUCCAAGGAAAAGUUUUCCAGUCUCCUCCAAGUAGCAGUGCUGUUAGCAUGAAAGCACCUCCCUUUCAGGCUAUGCAGACUGUGUUCAAAGUGAAUGCACCUUUGCCACCUCGCAAGGAACAGGAUAUCAAAGAGAAUUCUCUGCAUUCUGCAGGAUAUAAUCAGAAUUUUUCUACAGCAAGUACACAGACUCCACCCCCAUGUAAACUACAGUCUACUCAAAAUUCUGAGCAAUCCACUUUUUCUCAAGAGCCUCUGCCAAAUGCAGGUAACUACCAGGCUGAGACAUCUGUUCCUGUAAGCAACAGUAGUCUCACCUUUUAUGCUGCACAGACAACUACAUUCCCUAGACCACCUCAGCCUUUUGUCACAGGUCGUGGCUCAGUCAGAGGAUCUCUCAGAGGUGCAAGAUCAGUGAGCAAUUCUUACCGUUCUCCUGGUGGCUAUAAAGCAGGUUUUGAAGCUUACAGGGGUUCACCUUCAAUCCCUAAUGGCACCUAUGGUCAAUUGCAGCUUCCUGGCAGAGACUAUGCUCCAAUGCAGUAUCCUCAGAGGGAUAUGAGUUACCAGCAGAACUAUAAGCGAGGAGGUAUUAAUAGUGGUCGAGCCAACUCAAGAGCAGGAUGGAGUGAUUCUUCUCAGGUGAGCAGCCCAGAACGUGACAGUGAGACCUUUAACAGUGGGGACUCUGGGCAGGGUGACUCCCGCAGCAUCACUCCUGUUGACAUGCCAGUGACAAGCCAAGCGGCAACCAUACUACCUGUGCACGUCUAUCCCCUCCCACAGCAGAUGAGAGUUGCCUUUUCUGCUGCUCGAACAUCUAACUUGGCUCCUGGAACUCUAGAUCAACCCAUCGUGUUUGACCUCCUGUUAAACAACCUUGGUGAAACCUUUGAUAUCCAGCUGGGUAGGUUUAACUGUCCUGUCAAUGGCACCUAUGUGUUCAUUUUUCAUAUGCUGAAGCUCGCUGUGAAUGUUCCCCUGUAUGUGAAUCUCAUGAAAAACGAAGAGGUUUUAGUGUCUGCAUAUGCCAAUGAUGGUGCUCCAGAUCAUGAGACUGCCAGUAACCACGCAGUCCUCCAGCUUUUCCAAGGAGACCAGAUUUGGCUACGUCUCCAUAGAGGAGCUAUUUAUGGAAGUAGUUGGAAAUACUCCACAUUCUCCGGAUACCUCCUGUAUCAAGACUGACUAUUAUGUUUACAGUAAAUCUGCUCCAAACCAUGUAGUGAAAGAAGGUGAAAGCUGGGGUCUAGUUUUGCACUGCAUACUGACUAUUUAAAUACACACGUCUGAAAUGGGGGUAUGGAAAUCUAUCUUGCUAAGAGAUGGAGGUGGGUCAGCACUGAUGUGGCACUUUAUCGGUUAUGAUGUAGCCUUGAUAGGAAAGCUGUGAAUGUUACGUUUGCACUUACUCUUGAACUGUAAUUAUCAGCUUCUAUGCUCUUCAAAAUUUGCCUCAAGCCUAGGCUAUCCACAAUGCCUUGUGCCUAAAUAAAAACGUUAAUAUGCCUUAG